UCUCUUGAGCCCGCUCUUUGGCAUCAGCAUGCCGGGUCCGACGCCCAGUGGCACCAACGUGGGCUCCUCAGGGCGCUCUCCCAGCAAAGCGGUGGCCGCACGGGCAGCGGGAUCCACGGUCCGGCAGAGAAAAACUGCCAGCUGUGGGACGCGGAGUGCAGGCCGCACCACCUCUGCAGGGACUGGAGGAAUGUCGCGAUUCUACACAGAAGACUCCCCAGGGCUCAAAGUUGGCCCUGUUCCAGUGUUGGUGAUGAGUCUUCUGUUCAUCGCUUCUGGACUUAUGUUGCACAUUUGGGGCAAGUACACGCGCUCAUAGAUUUGGCUACAUCCAUCUGUCAUCUGAA